UUGUGAUUGAUUUUCUUUUGAAUUCUAAGCUUGGCCACGGCUUAAAAACAGCUGGGUUUUGAGAAUUGAGAUUCGCAGGGCCUCGUUUUGAUUGUGGGUUUGUUGAGAGUUACGUUCUUUUAGCGGUUGAAUUCUGAGUCUUGUUCUAGGUUAGCAUGUGUAUUUUUUUGGGUUGUUGAGCUGAUAAUUUUUUAUGGGUAAUCUGUAACUUUGUUCGGGAUGUUUGUCCAGGUUUUAAUUUUUAUGGUCUUGGCGAGAGUUUAGAAAAAAAAAAAAAAAGAUGUCUAAUUUAAUGUCUUUUCUAAACUGAAUUUUCCCUUAUAUUUUGGUUUGUAAUAGAACUCCGUAGUUGGUAAUGAAAUUAGAAGAGCACCGAAUAUUUCUAAUUUAAUGCCACUUUUAUCUAAUUUUCGCUGAUGCUGACGGCCUUCAUAAUCAAUUAGUUUGCCAGUUUAUAAUUUAUGUGAAAUUAUACAUGUUUGAAUUUGAUUGUUCAUGCUUUAGUUACUUUAUUUAUUAAUCUCACUUGAUGAAUUUGAACUUCUUUUCUUUCAAAUUAUUUUAUUAUUGUUAUUUAGUUGUUUCUCAUUGCAAUGAGUCCUGGUAUUAGAAACAUGGUUAUUAUCAUAUAAAGUGAAGGGGAGGUUAGGCGCAACGGUAAGGUUGUCGUCAUGUGACCUGGAUGUCACGGGUUCGAGGCGUGGAAAUAGACUCUUGCAAAAAUGCAAGUAAGGCUGCGUAUUAUAAGCCCAUUUGUGGUCCGCUCCUUCCCCGGAUCCCGAAUAUGAGGGAACUUCGUGCACCAGGGUGUUUUGUUUUUUUUAAUCAUAUAAAGUGUUGAUAACGUGAUGCUUUUACUCAUGUUUUGUCUAGGCUUGAUGCAUUCGACAGCUAGAAACGGGGAGAUGGAAGUUAAUGGGAAGGAUGAUCUGAAGGUGCCUCUUUUGCAGCCUUCCGACUACAUUGCAGUCACAGUUUCUCAACCAACACAGACAGAAGACAAGAAAAUUAAGACAGUUAUGUUCAAAAUCAAGGGUAUCAAGUGUGCGUCUUGUUCAACUUCCAUUGAAUCUGCUCUGGGAAAGCUUAAUGGGGUUAAAAGCGUUAUGGUCUCAGUGCUUGAAGGGCAGACUGUGGUCAGAUACAUGCCGGAAUAUGUUACUGCAAAAAUGAUAAAAGCAAGGGUAGAAGGUUCUGGUUUUCAAGUUGAUGAGUUUCCAGAGUCAGAUAUAGCAGUAUGCCAGAUGAAAAUUAAAGGAAUGACAUGUACCAGCUGUGCUGAGUCUGCUGAACGUGCCCUUUUAAUGGUUGAUGGAGUGAAGAAAGCUGUGGUUGGUCUUGCCCUUGAAGAAGCAAAGGUCCAUUUUGAUCCAAAUGUCACUAAUACUAACCACAUCAUUGAAGCAAUAGAAGAUGCCGGCUUUGAAGCCGAUCUUAUAAGCUCUGGUAAUGAUGUUAACAAAGUGCAUCUAAAACUUGAAGGAGUGAGUUCUCUGGAAGAUAUGAAUGUUGUUCAAUCCUCUCUUGAGUAUGGUGAAGGUGUGAAUCAAGUUGAAAUGGACAUGGAGGGAAGUACAGUAACUGUUAGUUAUGACCCGAACCUCACUGGCCCAAGAUCUCUUUUGCACUGCAUUCAGGAAGCUGGGCGUGGUACCAAAAAAUACAAUGCAACCUUGUUCCAUCCUCCUAGACGAAGAGAAAGAGAGCGGGAGCAUGAAAUACAGAUAUAUAGAAACCAGUUCUUCUGGAGCUGCCUAUUUUCAGUUCCUGUUUUUGUUUUCUCUAUGGUACUUCCAAUGCUUCAUCCUUAUGGCAACUGGUUAGAUUAUAUGGUGUACAAGACGCUCACUGUUGGCAUGCUUCUAAGAUGGAUCCUUUGUACACCAGUGCAGUUUAUUGUUGGCCGAAGGUUUUAUGUGGGCUCGUACCAUGCUCUGAGACGGAGAUAUGCUAAUAUGGAUGUUCUGGUUGCACUGGGAACCAAUUCUGCUUAUGUCUAUUCUCUGUAUAUAGUUAUUAAAGCAUUGACUUCAGAGGAAUUUGAGGGUCAAGAUUUCUUUGAGACUAGUGCCAUGUUAAUAUCUUUUAUUCUGCUAGGAAAAUAUUUGGAGGUGGUGGCUAAGGGGAGGACAUCAGAUGCAUUGGCAAAACUGACAGACCUUGCCCCUGAGACAGCUUGUCUGCUUACAUUGGACAGUGAUGGAAAUGUUGUCUCAGAGAUGGAAAUCAACACUCAAUUGAUACAAAGGAAUGAUAUAAUUAAAAUUUUUCCAGGAACAAAAGUUCCUGUUGAUGGGGUUGUUAUAAAUGGUCAAAGCCAUGUGAAUGAGAGUAUGAUCACUGGAGAAGCAAGGCCAAUCUCUAAAAGACCUGGUGACAAAGUUAUUGGAGGGACCGUGAAUGAGAAUGGAUGUUUACUAGUCAGGGCCACUCAUGUUGGUUCAGAGACUGCACUUUCCCAAAUUGUCCAACUAGUGGAAGCUGCUCAGCUAGCCAAAGUACCUGCUCAGAAAUUGGCUGACCAGAUUUCUAAGUUUUUUGUUCCUAUGGUCAUUGUAGCUGCAUUUUUGACAUGGCUAGGAUGGUUUAUCCCUGGAGAAGCUGGUCUUUACCCAAAACAUUGGAUACCAAAAGCCAUGGAUGGAUUUGAGCUAGCACUUCAAUUUGGUAUUUCUGUGCUGGUGGUGGCCUGUCCAUGUGCACUGGGAUUAGCAACCCCAACAGCAGUCAUGGUUGCCACAGGGAAGGGUGCUUCACUAGGUGUGCUCAUCAAGGGGGGAAAUGCACUUGAAAAGGCACACAAGGUGAAAACAGUUGUCUUUGAUAAGACAGGGACAUUGACAAUUGGAAGGCCAGAGGUAGUUGGUGCUGUGCUCUUUUCUAGUUUUUCAAUGGAGGAGUUCUGUGAGAUGACUAUUGCUGCAGAGGCAAAUAGUGAACAUCCUAUAGCAAAAGCUGUCAUGGAGCAUGCCAAGAGGCUGCACAAGAAGUAUGCAUCCCAAACUGAGCAUGUCACAGAGUCUAAAGACUUUGAGGUGCACCCAGGAGCAGGGGUGAGUGUUAAAAUUGAUGACAGAACUGUCUUGGCAGGGAACAAAAGGCUUAUGCGGGCUUUUAAUGUCCCAGUUCAUCCUGAGGUUGAGGACUAUGUCUCAGAAACCGAGCGUCUGGCUCGCACAUGUGUGUUAGUUGCCAUUGAUGGGCAGGUUGCUGGAGCUUUUGCUGUGACUGAUUCAGUGAAGCCGGAAGCUAGGCGUGUUAUAUAUUUUCUCCAUUCAAUGAGCAUCUCAACACUUAUGGUGACUGGUGAUAACUGGGCCACAGCUACUGCCAUAGCAAAAGAGGUUGGAAUUGAGAAGGUGUUUGCUGAGACAGAUCCACUGGGAAAGGCCGAUAAGAUCAAGGAUUUGCAGAUGAAAGGGACAUCUGUGGCGAUGGUAGGUGAUGGAAUAAAUGAUUCACCAGCCUUGGCUGUGGCUGAUGUUGGUAUGGCCAUUGGUGCUGGUACCAAUGUGGCUAUUGAAGCAGCUGAUGUGGUUCUCGUCAAGAGCAACUUGGAAGAUGUAAUUACAGCCAUAGAUCUUUCAAAAAAGACUAUGUCUCGAAUCCUACUAAACUAUGUUUGGGCCCUUGGAUACAAUGUGCUUGCCAUGCCCAUUGCUGCUGGGAUCUUAUUCCCCUUCACUGGAAUCCGAUUACCACCUUGGCUGGCUGGAGCUUGCAUGGCUGCUUCAUCCCUAAGCGUAAUUUGUUCUUCUCUCUUGUUACAGUCUUACAAGAAGCCGUUCCACAUUCGGGAUGCUUGAGGGCAUUUAUCAGACACUCCAAUUUUGAUCAAAUUACACAAUCCCAAAUUCAACAUGUGAACUCCAUGCUCACUGUCAGAGUGUUGGUAGACUUUCAAAUGGUUGCGUGCUCACCAGAGUCCCAGAGUGCUCAUGCUCAGUUUUUGUUCCCUGUGGAUUGAAUGCAGUAAUGGGAGUUCCCAUUUGUUCAAGAUUUGGGAAGUGAAAUUACAUGACAUAUAUUCAGUUUUGACCCUAAAGCUUUCAUUUCACUUGGACCACAGCCAUGUGUUGUGAUCCCACAUGAACAUUGUCCUAGGAGGAUCUUAGUUAUUGAAGGAAGAACAAUGUUUUAAUCUUGUAAGACAUUUUUUAUUGGACAACAUCUCGAGAUUAAUAGUUAACAAAUCUCACCAAGUUAAGGUCAA